AUGGGGCGAGGGGGAAGGAAUACCAGCAAUUAUGGUUUUAGGAGUGUCACAUUCUUUGGCACUGAUUAUAGUUUCGUUUUCUCCAGGGAAAUAAAGACUUCGGAAAUGGUAGAACCAACUGUUCAGAGCGAACAAAUAGAGAAUGCACCCGUAUUGUUCUCGCAGGAAUGGUGUAUCUAUAGGGUUCCCAGCCAGCUCCGCAAUGUAGAUGAAGCAGCAUACACUCCUCAAACACUUUCAAUAGGGCCUUUCCACCAUGGAAAUCCAAAACUGAGGGACAUGGUGGCCCAUAAGAACAAAUAUUAUGAGUUGUUUUGCAGACGUUCUGGGAAAAGUGAGGAUGAGCUAAGGAGCUUCAUGAUGGAUCAUCGAGAAACAGUUCUAAAUUGUUAUGCCGGUACCAUUAAUUGUGACAUCGACUUUUUGAAACUCAUCCUAGUUGACGCCUGCUUCAUAAUUGAACUCUUUUUGACUAAUUCUGAACAAGAACAACAUUGUGCACAUUAUUAUAUACUGAGAUCACCGUGGCUGAGGAAAACGGUGGAGAGGGACCUGAUACUGUUGGAAAAUCAGCUUCCUUAUUUUCUUCUUCAAAAGCUAUAUGACUUUGCCAUACCUACCUUUCCCAAUGGCCAUCUUGGCAAUGGAGACCAAGCACAAGGACAUGCUCAUAAAGAUAGCACCAACAGUCAGCAAUGCUGCUUCCCUUGCUUCCGGCCCGGUGAUUUUCAAGAGAACCCCAUCCAAUCUGAACCUAUUCAACAUGGCUUUCUUGAACUUACCUGUAAGUUUUUUAAGGCAUACACUAAGGGAAAAUCUGUCAGGAAUGGAUUUGAGCCGAAACACUUCACUGAUUUGGUUAGACACUUUCUAUGUCCAUACAAGGAACUGUUGUGGGUAAAAAAUUAUGAUCAGCCCGUCAAAAUUAAAUACCAUGCAACAAAGCUGAAGGUUGCAGGAGUGAAGUUUGUGCCACUUAGAGAACCAUUUGUUAUAAAGGAAGACCCUGUGUUGACGUUUAACUCAGCAUGUUUGGCACAUAAGGAGUUGAAGCUUACAAGACUUUGGGCAGAGUAUGAGGCAGGAUGCAUUUUUCGAAACACCAUGGCCUUGGAACAACUUAUGUAUCCAGAAAAGCCUUAUAUUUGCAGUUAUUUUUCGCUGAUGAAUCAACUCAUUAACUCUGAGGAAGAUGUGGGUGUUCUGAUUGAGGAUGGAGUAAUCUUCAACUUGCUAGGCAGCAACAAAGCAGUGGUAAACAUGAUUAGUUCCUUGUGUGAGCAGAUUAAGGAGGAUCACUCCUGCUAUAGUGAGAUCUGUCAAGACCUUAAUAGUCAUUAUAAGACAGUUUGGUACCACCCCUUGGUUGGACAGUUGGGACCAGCUAAAUAUGUUCAGGUUGUUGACCCCUUGCUCUCGAGCCAGUUGGACUCCGGUGAUUAG